UCCUAUGUUGACCACAUUAUCCUGGCAGAUCUUUGAACCUUUGCAGCUCUUCGAUCUUCAUUUAGAGGAGGUGGUGUUUGCUUGUGGCUGUGAGAUCCGCUGGCUGCAGCUAUGGCAACAGAGAGGGGAGGCGGGGCUAAGCAACCAACAGUUAUACUGCGCUGAUGGCUACAAGAAGAUACUGCUGCUGGAUAUGAACAUUAGCAGUUGUGACCUGCCAGAGAUCAGCGUUAGCCACAGCAACCUCACAGUUGUCGAGGGUGAUCGCGUAAUGGCGAUCUGUAACGGCUCUGGAUCCCCGUUACCUGAAGUAGACUGGCCUGUUAACGGCUUGCACUCCAUCACUGCACAAGAGGCCAGAGUCUAUGACAACACCACUAUUCAUUCUAUCAGCAUAACUUUGGUCAAUGUGAGCAGAGAUGACAACAACUUCCUGCUAACCUGCACCGCAACCAACAUAGUGGGCAUGACUAACGCCUCCAUCCAGCUAACCGUUCACUUUCCUCCCACCAUAGUGAAGCUAAAGGAGCCAGAACGACGCCAUGACACGUGUAUAGAGUUUACUGUUCAAGGUUCGCCCCAUCCAACCUUACGAUGGUUCUACAAAGAUAAGGAAAUUACCCAUAAUGAGUAUGUGCGCCCUGAUAUGGAGAUUUAUCAGGACUACAUCGAGGGCUGCCUUAACUUUAAAAACCCAACACACCACAACAACGGCAACUAUACUUUGGUGGCCAUCAACUACUUGGGUGUAGCCAACAGUACCGUGUACGGACACUUUCUCGACAAACCCUUCGAUGGUCCAGAAACAGAUUAUGAUUAUGUAACCCCAACUGCAGAAACUCACAAACCUGAGGAAGAUACGUUUGGGGUUUCCAUAGCAGUAGGCCUGGCAGGGUUUGCAUGCGUGAUGCUGGUGGUUCUCUUCCUUCUUAUUAAUAAGUAUGGACGACGUUCCAAGUUUGGCAUGAAAGGACCAGUAGCAGUGAUAAGUGGUGAGGAAGACUCUGCCAGCCCCCUUCAUCAUGUGAACCAUGGGAUAAUAAGCUCCUGUGCACUGGAUGCCGGGGCAGAUGCUGUGGUGAUUGGAAUGACCAGGAUCCCUGUCAUAGAGAACCCACAGUACUUCAGACAUGGACACAACUGUAACAAACCCACCACCUAUGUUCAGCAUAUUAAACGGAGGGACAUUAUUCUGAAGAGGGAGCUUGGAGAGGGAGCCUUCGGCAAGGUCUUCCUUGCUGAAUGUUACAACCUGAGCCACUCCAAGGACAAGAUGCUGGUAGCUGUAAAGACUCUGAAGGACCCAACUCUUGCAGCCAGGAAGGAUUUCCAGCGUGAGGCUGAGUUGCUUACUAACCUCCAGCAUGAGCACAUAGUUAAGUUCUAUGGAGUGUGUGUGGAUGGAGAUCCUCUCAUCAUGGUCUUUGAGUACAUGAAGCAUGGAGAUCUCAAUAAGUUUCUCAGAGCCCAUGGGCCAGAUGCCAUGAUUCUGGUCGAUGGACAGCCUUUACAGACCAAUGGGGAGCUGGGUCUGUCCCAGAUGCUUCACAUAGCCAGUCAGAUCGCAGCUGGGAUGAUUUACUUGGCAUCUCAACACUUUGUGCACCGUGAUCUGGCAACCAGGAACUGCCUAGUGGGGAAUGGCCUUCUGGUGAAAAUUGGAGACUUUGGCAUGUCCAGAGACAUUUACAGCACAGAUUAUUACAGGGUGGGAGGUCACACCAUGCUGCCUAUCCGCUGGAUGCCCCCAGAGAGCAUCAUGUACAGGAAGUUCACCACAGAGAGUGAUGUUUGGAGCUUUGGAGUCAUUCUGUGGGAGAUUUUCACUUACGGCAAACAGCCAUGGUUCCAGCUCGCCAAUAAUGAGGUGAUAGAGUGCAUUACUCAGGGCAGGGUACUGGAGCGCCCCAGGCUCUGUCCCAAGGAAGUCUACGAUAUUAUGCUUGGCUGCUGGCAGAGGGAGCCACAACAGCGCCUUAACAUUAAAGACAUUCAGAAGAUGCUGUUUACUCUGAUGAAAGCCACACCAGUCUAUUUGGACAUACUGGGAUAGAAAUGGAUACAAGAGGGAAGGAAUAAAAUAUAUUAUAGGUUGGACUAGAUCAUCAAUAGAUUAGAAAUGUGUUCACUCAAUCAGAAGAAAAGUGAUUGCCUUGGAGUGGGAGUCCAGCCUGGACUCUGAUGGAGCCAUCUGAAUAGGGAUUACACAUGGACUUGUCAUACUUCCAACUGCCUGACACAUAAGAAAUGGAAUGAAUUAACUAAAGUGGAGUGAUGCGUGUUGAAUUGGAUUUGAAUUAACUGGAUUACAUUGAACUGUAUUACAAUAUAAUCAAAGGAAAUGUCUUGGAUCUUACCUAAAUGGUUGGGAUUGGGUUUGUGUUGUCAUGCUCCUUUUCAAGGAACUCAUGACUAAAAAGACUUGACUAUGAAGUAUGGAUUGCGUUAAACUGGACUGAACUGGAUUAACCUGAUUGUGCUAGUCUGGUAUGGUUUACCAUAAUUUCCUAGCCUAUGCAUUUCAUCCAAGAUUGUCAUUUACGAGGCUUGGUAAAGCCUUUGACCUAGUCUGGCAGAGUCUGGCUCAGCUCAGCUUGGCUACAUUUAAAAUAUUUUCUCUCAGAUUAUAUUGACCUCACCUCGACAUUGUUUUAUCUGUGUCCCUUGAUAAGUCAGACAUGGGUUGGUUUAGCUCAUUUAAGAUACAUUUCACAAAUCCUAAAUAAAUUAGUGAUCUUACUUACUUGUAUUUUUGCCUGGCCAUCAAACAGUAAAAACAUCCUCAAGUUUUUCAAGUGAACAUUGUGGUUCAUCUUCAUAUUAUCAUUGACUAUCAUGGGUAUUUGUUAUAGCCAUGACCAGAAUUGUCCAAGGAAAAAAAUGCUGACAGUAAAACCACAUUCCAGUCAACAGCAGUCAACAAUAGACAAGGCAGUUGAGGCUUAACGUUAACAUGAUGUUCUGUUCUGUACAAGAACGGACAGCAUGCAUAGUCAAACAUGUCAUGUAUAGCAGCCAUUUUGCUCUGAAGCGCUCUUAUUUUAUCUACAAAGCCUUCAUAGAUCGACCUUCUGUUAGCCCACUGAGCUGUUCUCUUCUGCAAGAACCUUGCCAGGCCUUCCAAUCCUGAGCCUAAAGGCAUGGCCUGAGUGACUGUGUCCCCAUAGAGAUGGACCUAAGUGCCUCCUACUUCUUUCUAAACACCGGGAACUCAAAAAUAGUCUUUCAAAAAAAUAAAAAAUAAAAAAUAGCACUUUUACAUUUUGUUUAUCUGCUUAAAAGUGUACAUCAGCUGUAAACUUUCCUUGUUUUUCUUACAAACAAACCUACUUCCAGCAAUCUAUUUAUUGCAAAUAAAUAAAUAAAUCAAAAACAGAAAAAAAAAAAUGAAUCUACGCUUUGCAGCUUGACAAGAACGUCAAACUAUACCCAGGGCCCAUUUUCUGUAUUAAAAAAAAACAUAUUCUAUACAGUUUUUACAGUUUUUAUUUAUUUUUAUUUUUGACCUCUGCCAUGCUCCAAAGCCAUUGGAUUAUCCUGCCACUGGAUAGAGAAACAUAAACACAGAUAAACUGAAAAGAGACAAACAGGAUACUCGGAGGGAGCCUUUAAAGAUUUUUGAAAGUGAAUCAUUUUUAUGUAGUGCGGUAUAACUGGAUCCACUCUUACAUCAGAUCCUGGACAUGAUCAAGCGACCAAUAGCUUGAUGGCCACAUACAGUCUCAACUGAAAGGAUGAUAGAGCUACUAGUCAGUGAACAAAAUCAUGUUUCAAAUUAAUGUAUAUACUGUAAAGCUCUAU